CAACUCACAAAAUCAAGAACACCCAAAAAAAAAGGGUUUCGGCCGAGAGCUAGAGAGAAAGAAAAGGAAAAAUCCCAAGCUUGUGUGGUGGUUCAAUAAUCUUGUUCUUUACAUAUUUGUGAAGUACUCAAGGCCCUCUUCAACGGGGUAUAAUUAGUUUGGCACGAGGACGACGUUUUCGACAAGUCGGGGUUUCAAGAAAGAUUUUUGACGAAACGGGACGAGACAUUUGGAAGAGCUUACGACGUCUGUGAGGUGCAGAUUCCGGUGAUCUUCCGCAGUAGGCUUCACCUUUUGCUUUCUCGGAGUACUCUUACUUGAUCCGGAGUCCACUCUUGUGAUGCCUCCGAAGAAGGCAACGGCGGCCCAGAAGGGCAAGGCGAGGGUUGGAGAGACUAGCCAGGCACAGCGAGCUACCCGGGCUCGUGUUUAUGAUUUGCCUGAGGACGUGCCACAGUCUGAGGGGUCUGCCACACCCCCACCAGUACAGCCUGGAGUAGGGCCAUCGGCAGCUCCAGAGGUUCGUGUACCCGCACCUGAGGCUCCAGCUCCUCAGCCAGGGGCGGAGGAUCGGACCCUGAGGGAGGCUGUGCAGUUACUGACUACGCUGGUGGCAGGACAGGCUCGCAGACGCGGGCGUAGGGACGACGAUGAUGAUGACAGACGGGACAGUCUGAGAGUUCGGGAGUUUUUGCUAUGUGGCCCUCCAGAGUUCUUCGGGUCUAAGCCCGACGAGGACCCCCACGACUUUAUUCGGGGGAUGCGACGCUCACUGGACUUGGUCAGGGCUUCUGAGACCGAGUCAGUUGAGCUAGCUUCACACAGGCUCCGAGAUGUGGCUACUCAUUGGUACGAGACUUGGGAGCUAUCUAGGGGAGAGGGUGCCCCUCCAGCCACUUGGGAUCAGUUUGUGACAGCAUUCACCCGCCACUUUUUGCCACCAGAGUUACGGCGGGCACGAGCUGAUCGAUUCUUGCGUCUGCAGCAGAGGGGUCGGAGUGUUCGCGAGUAUAGCCUUGAGUUUGAUUCUCUGGCCCGAUAUGCACCGGCCGUGGUAGCAGAUAUGUCCGAUCGGAUGCACCGCUAUGUUAUGGGAUUGGACCGGUAUUUGGUAGACAGCUGUAUGGCCGUGUCACUGCAGACAGACAUGGAUAUUUCCCGGCUUCAGGCCUAUGCGAUGGGUAUGGAGGACCGUCGCAGAUCUGAUCCUGCUGCCAGAGAUAGGGACAGGAGGCCGCCCAAGAGGGCUAGAUCUGCGGGUUAUUCAGGAGAUUCUCGAGGCGGACAGCCUCAGCAGCAGCAGCAGUCUGACAGAUAUUUUCCUCCUUCCGGCCGGGGUACUCAGACAGGCAGCCGGAGAUUCGACAGUACGGGACCUUCUGGGGCCGGUCAGAGCUCCAGAGUGGCAGGAUCGCAGGUAUCCAGGGGUCCCAGUCAGGCCAGACCACCUAGACCCCGUUGUCCACAUUGCGGGAAGUCUCAUCCCGGGGAGUGUUACCGAGCGACGGGAGCUUGUUUUUCUUGUGGCGGUCAGGGCCACUUUAUGAGAGACUGCCCAUUAGCCAGUGGUUCGGGUAAUGCGGCUCAGCAGACAGGGUCAGCCGCCGGUUCUUCCUCUGUUCCAUCUGUUGCACGCCCUGGAGGGCGGGGUAUUCCAGCACCGGCAGGGCGCGGUCGAGGCCGCGGUGGCGCUUCAGGUUCUAGCGGUCCCUCGAACCGCAUAUAUGCUUUGGCCAGCCGCCAGGAUCAGGAGGCUUCGCCAAACGUCGUCACAGGUACAUUACUGGUUUUCUCCAGAUCUGUAUAUGCAUUGAUUGACCCUGGCUCUACUUUAUCAUAUAUUUCCCCGCUCGUUGCUAGUAAGAUUGGGAUCGUGUCUGAGCCUAUAGAGCCAUUCGAGGUAGCUACGCCAGUUGGGGAUUUUAUUGUAGCGAGACAGAUCUAUAGGGAUUGUUCUGUGACCAUUUAUGAUCGUACCACUAAGGCUGAUUUGGUAGAGCUAGACAUGGUUGAGUUUGACGUCAUUAUGGGUAUGGACUGGUUGUCUUCCUGUUAUGCUAAUGUCGACUGCCAGAAAAAGGUAGUCCGUUUCCAGUUUCCGGGGGAACCAGUUAUAGAGUGGUUCGGAUCGACUGCAUCGCCGAGGGGUAAGUUUAUUUCAUACCUCAAGGCUAAGAAGAUGAUCCAGAAGGGUUAUAUCUAUCAUUUGGUCCGUGUGCACGAUACUGCAGCAGAGGUACCUACCCUUCAGUCUGUCCCGGUCGUCAGUGAGUUUCCAGAUGUUUUUCCUGAGGAGCUUCCUGGCCUUCCGCCUGAGCGGGAGAUUGAUUUUUCUAUCGAGUUGAUGCCGGAUACGCAGCCUAUAUCUAUUCCUCCGUAUAGGAUGGCACCAGCAGAGCUGAAGGAGUUGAAGGAGCAGCUGAAAGAUUUGCUGGAUAAGGGUUUUAUCAGACCCAGCACGUCACCCUGGGGAGCGCCGGUAUUAUUUGUCAAAAAGAAGGAUGGGUCGCUGCGGAUGUGUAUUGACUACCGGCAGCUGAAUAGGGUGACUAUUAAGAAUAAAUAUCCCCUUCCCCGGAUUGAUGACUUGUUUGACCAGCUGCAGGGUGCUAGACACUUUUCCAAAAUAGAUCUGCGCUCAGGCUAUCAUCAGGUGCGAGUACGGGAGUCCGAUAUCCCGAAGACUGCUUUCAGGACCCGGUACGGGCAUUAUGAGUUCAGAGUUAUGUCUUUCGGGCUGACUAAUGCUCCAGCAGUAUUUAUGGAUCUGAUGAACCGGGUAUUUCAGCCAUUCCUGGAUAUGUUUGUUAUUGUAUUUAUUGAUGAUAUUCUGAUUUACUCGCGAUCAGCCGAGGAGCAUUCAGAUCAUUUGAGGACGGUACUUGGCAUCCUCCGUCAGCAGAAGUUAUAUGUUAAAUUCUCUAAAUGUGAGUUC